UUCGUCCAGCCAGGGACCGACAUCCAAGAAGGGAGGAAUCGGCAGCAGAACAAUACCACAGCGUCAUCAUGUCGUCGUCGGCCUUCAAAAAAGCAUUCCACAGUCGAGCGCACAAGGAGCGCUCUCAGCCUCUGGCGAGAGCACACCUGGGCCUGCUCGAGAAGAAAAAGGACUACAAGCUCCGUGCCAAGGACUACAACCUGAAGCAGAAGCGCCUCAAGGCCUUGCGCGAGAAGGCCUCGAUGCGCAACCAGGAUGAGUUCUAUUUCAAGAUGGUCAACUCCAAGACGAAGGGCGGUGUCCAUGUCGAGGAGCGGAAUCAACACUUUGACCACGACUUUUUGACGCUGCUCAAGACGCAAGAUCAGAACUAUGUCAACUAUCAGCGAAGCGUCAACCAAAAGAAACUCGGGAAAAUGGAGUCGAGUCUGCACUUUUUUGAAGGAGACGACGAGCCCGCCCAGGCGGCUGGCGGAGACAGGGACGACGCUGCACCAUCAACCAGUUCGGGAUCGAAAAGCAAGGCCACACACACAGUCUUUGUCGAUGACGAGGACGACGUCAAGCAGUUUGAUGCUGCGGAGCACUUCCAGACCCCAGAGGAGCUGCUCGGGCGCAAGUUCAACAGGCCGACAUACAAGCUGCUCGAGGAGGCCGAGGUCCAGGCUCCUGCUCAGCUGAGCAAAGCGAAAAUGACCAAGCAGCGCGAGGGAGUUUACCGGGAGAUUCUGUCUCGCACCGAGCGCGAGGAACAGCUGCGGAAGCUGCAGCUGGAACAGGACCUGCAGAAGGCGCUGAUGGGCAAGGGCGCCCGCAAGAAGGUCGGCCACGACAAACGCGGCCUGGCCAUAUACAAGUGGCGAGCGGAGCGCAAGAAAUAAAGCCAUGGCCGUUGCACUCGGUUGCACUCGGUCGCACUCA